GUAUCCGAAUGAAAUCAUUAUCGUGAAAACUAGUGACAAGAAAAAACUUGCAUAAAUUUACACGUGAAAAAAUCAACAAAUAUGUCAGACGACGAAAAGUUUGAUGGGGUUAUGUUAAAUAUGGCCACCCAGCUUGAAGGUGGCGUCCCAGAAAAAGGUCGUGGUAGAAAAUACAGAGCAUACUCAGCAGAAGACUUGGCCAGAGCUUACAAACUUGUUAAAGAGAAGGCAUAUGCCGUUCAGACUGCUGCCGACGCUUGUGGGGUUCCAGAAGCCACUUUAAGAGACAGAGUAAAGGGUAAAGUGAAAAUCAGUAUUAAAAGGUCUGGGCCACCACCUAUACUAGGCCUGGCAGAAGAAGGUAAACUAGUGGACUACUUUCACCUGAUGUCUAGUUUCGGGUAUUCAUACUCCAGAACUGAUAUAAUAAAUCUUGCCUCAGAUUAUGCAAUUUUACUUGGCAAGCGAGAGCCAAGUGAUGGUCUAACACAUCAGUGGUAUUACAAAUUCCUGGAAAGAUGGCCGCAUGUAGAGACAAGUCGGGCGUCUGGCACAAAGAAGCAGUUUGAGAAAGCAACCUCUUCUGAUUGUCUCAGUAGGUACUUUCUGAUGUUGCAAGAGCUUAUGAAUCAACAUAAUUUGAUGAACAAGCCGGAUUCGAUUUUUAUAGUGGAUGAAGUACUGAUAGAUCUGGAAAAGAGUCCACCGUCAGUGUAUUCCUGGAGAAAUAACAUGAAAUGGGAGAAGUACCAAAAAGGUAUAGAUCCAAGUAUGACAAUAAUUGCAAGUGGUAAUGCAUCUGGUGCAAGAUUACCAGCUUUCUUUAUAUUUCCCGGGAAGACUGUGAGUUCCGAAUCAAUCGAGGAUUGUUCUCCAGGGACUGGAGCUACCUGCAGCGACGAUGGUACGACUAACUGUAACGUCUUUCAGCUGUAUCUUGAGAACCACUUUCUCAAAUUUAUUGAGAGGAAGGACAAUUCGGAAGCAAUCCUGGUUCUGUAUGAUGGCUUCCGCUCUCACAUGUCUCCAACUCUUAUUGAAAUGUACAAAGCACAAAAUGUUCAUUUAUUCCCCAUACCGCCUAGUGGGUCACAGUGUCUUGUGCAUAUGAACAGAGGAAUCUUUGGUGAAAUUGAAACAAAGUUUGCAGAUGAGUGUUAUGAUUUCAUUGAAGCAGAAGUUGAAAGGUCAUUGCAUUCAAACAUUUGUGUAGUUGCUAGUAAAGCAUAUAAUGAGGCAGUAAUGGAAGGAAAUUUGAAAAGUGUAUUCCAAAGAUAUGGACUGCAUCCGUUCAAACCACAGAUUGUUAACAAGAGAAUUGACUUGACUCUUCCACCACCAGAGCCACCUGGCAUUAAAAGAGACAGGAUGGUUGUUGUAACUCCACUGCCUCAGAAAACAACAAGAAGGUCUAGCAAGCGAAAGGCAGUUAAAAAGAAAGUAGAUGUAGAGGAUCUUGAGGAAAUAGAUUCUCAGUUGAUUGAAAACAGGAAAAAGAAAAAAAUGAUGCCUAAUAAAAGAAUGAAUUACAGCAACAGAAGAAAGAGUGCAAAGGCGAUGGCUAAAAAGAGAGAAAGGGAAUUGGCAGAGUCGAAGCCCACCUUGAAAUUGAAAUUUGUAAGGGACAUCAGUGGUAAAGGCAAAAGAGGCAGAAAACCUAAAGUAAGAGACGAUGACAAUGAGGAAUCAGAAACAGAAUAUGAAACAGAGACUGAUUAUGAAAUCGAAGAAAUGCUGUCAAGUGAGGAUGAAGAUGAUCAAGCUGAAGAAAAUGCACAAAGAACUGUAGACAUUGCCAUACAAAGAGAACACUUUGAGAGUGCUCUAAGAGAGGAGUUACUGAGUACACAUGGACUAUACUUUGAUGGAACACAGAGAGAAAGAUUUGAAAGGGAGUUUGCCAGAGUGAAAAAUGAAAUUGAAAGCCAGGAAGUGCAAAGUGAAACUGGAGUUCAGGAUGGAGAAGUAGUGGAAGAAGGUAUUGUUGACCAUAGUCAGGUCACACAUGAAAUAAUUGACCAAAGUGAGGUGCACAACAGCUUGGUUAAAGAAGAGAAAAUAAUAUACACUGAAGAAGCAUCUUCCACGGAGGACAAUAUUGAAACUGGACCAACUGUAGUAAUAGAGAGCGUGGAAGAGGAGAUACCACAGUCAGAGAAAUGCUGUGUGUGCAAUAAGUACAACCCAGAGUUUCCAGACAGUGGGUAUGUCAUGGAGUUUGCUACAUGGGGGAAGUGUGACUAUGAGGGAUGUCAGCACUGGACUCACUUGAAACAUUGCUGUAAUGUAAAAGUCCUGAGACGUCAUGAUAUAUUUUACUGCCCCUGUCACAACCAAGUGUAAAACAUUCUUUUCAGUGGUGGAGAUUUUAUUUCAGAAAGGCAUUAAUCAGUUGUUGAACGUAGAUGUAUAUAACUUCUUGCAGAUUUUGUAUAUUGGUUUUUCUGUUUUAUAUGUCUCCUCAAUUUCAAGAUCCUUUUAAUGCUUUUAAGGUGCAGAAAAUAGCUCAGCUUGGAUGAAAUUUAAUGUACAUGUACUUCGUUCCUGUUUUGAUAUAAAAGACACAAAGUGUAGAUCUGCAAUGUAAAAACAAUACUUUAAUAUUUCAUUAUACUUUGCCAGUAUUUCACAUACUUUACAUUCAAAAUCAAUUUCCUUUCAGACAGAGCUACCAUGAAUUUUGAAUUGUUGUCUAUGGUGGCUAAUUUAGGACAUUUAAUUAUAUUUUGCAUAAUUGUGCAUGUGGUUUAUGUAGCAUAUUUUGUUGUGUCAUCACGACGCAUGCUCCAUUCACAAGUUUGAAAGUUGUGUGUUAUUUUGUCUGCGUAUGCCAACUUAGCAAAACCCAACUAUGCAUCAGAACGAAACAGAGAAUACAACUGAACGAAACGUUUUUAUUUCAUGCUGACGUUAGUGCCAUCAACUAAAAUUUCUGUUUGAGCGCCUGCCAAGAUGAAAUGAAAUGUUUUGCUCUAUCUAUGCGCGCCACAAGCAAAGAUUAAGAGUUAGUGUGGGCAUGUAGACGAAAUGCAGGAUGACUCGAGGAAAUGCGCUGCGUAGCCUCUCGCACACCAACACAACAUAACUAUUUAUUUUGUCUUGGCGCAUGCGCCAACAUGCCUUAACAAAAUCUUUGUUUUCUCACCAACGCGAAAUUAAAAUGUUAUGUUUCUGUAGCCUUCUAUGUUUCGUUAUUUGUGUUAUAAGUUUCUUUUUGUUGUGUUGGCGUGCUUGCAAAAAAUAGAAACACAAAACUUUCAAAAUUUUGUUGUGGUACAUUCACCAGGACGAUACUGUGAAAUGUGGUUCAAAAGCCGCCCAUGCCAAUGCAACAUUAUGAAAUGCCCUGAAUCAGCCACUAUAGAGUGUAGGAUAAAUCCUCUCUAGCUGAAUUUUGAGUAAGUGGAUAAAACCCCUAACUCAAAAACAUUCUUUUCUGACUUUUAUACGCACAUGAAAUGCAAUGUAUUUUGUGAUCACCUGCUUUGCUGGGGGCUUACACUGAGGUUGUCUUCUUCCUAACUUAAUAGGUUCUUAUAAAUCCAGUGCUCACCAGACUGGGUUACAAUGUUUAUUGGCUUGAUAUAUCUCAGACACAUUUGUUAACCAUCUGGAUCAGAGUGGUUCUAGAGUUAUGGCCCUUGAAUUCUUAAGAUUGCAAACAUUGACAGUGUUUGCUCUCUGCCUUUAGUGGUUGUUAUCCACUGUUCACAAUGUUAAUGGGAGUAAAAUCUUGCAUUUAUUCAGUGAAUAGUCAGAUACUCCCCCGAGUCAGCUUUUGAGUUAUAGUCCUUGAAUUAAAGUGGUGAAAAUUGAAAGUAAUCACUGAACCACUUAAGCUGUUCUUUUCAGAUGGUCAUCAAACUUGGUUUAUGUUUAGGUCCAAUAACCUAGUGGAUAGUCUUUGACACUAGAGUUACAAACCUUGAAACAGUCAAAAUUGAGAAAGUUAACAAUCUCAGCAAUAAGUACUUUAUUUAAAAAUAAGGAUUGAUAUUCUGUGACAGAGGUAUAUUGUGAAGGUUUGGCACUCUUGUUAAUAGUAUAAUUUCAUUGACAUUAAGUGUACAAUAUUAACAGUUUAGAAACAGUUUUUUUUACUGAAAUGUAAGAAAAAAUUACUUUAUAUUAAAUCAUUCCUAAAUUAUUACUCAUCUGUUCAGAGCAUUUUAGGGAUUGUGUCCUUUUAAUGAAAUAUCAGCAGGUAGGGUUUCUUCUAAGGAUGCUUCUUGAAUUUAAAGAAAUUUGUGACUGCAUUUUGAACACUCAUUAUUUGCAACAGUCAGUGUAUUUUAAGUAGAAAAUUUCUGUUUAACCCAAUGGAUGGGCCACAGUAUCAGACACGAGAGUUGCGCACAGAACUUGCCAUGUUGUGUUGAAAAUAUUCCAUGUUAUCGUAUGUGUGUGUUAAUUUCUGUUGAGUCUUUCUUUUUUGAAAGAUCUGGACUUACUUCUUAUUACUCCUUGAAAUAAAUUUGAUACAAAUUCACAUGUAGUAAUGUCUGAGAGGUGUAAAGUUGGUUAAAGCUUUACUGGCAAAGCUCUAAUUCAGAUUCAAGCACUGUGAAAAGGCGAGCGUGCUGUCUUAUGGACAGCUCUUGUUUUACUAAUUUUAUUUCAUGAAAAAGUGCGAUAAAGAAUUGAAUAUAGCUUUAAAUUGAACUUCUUAUGAAUGAUUCAGAAUGAAUUUAGUAGUUUCCAAAAUAUUCUAAAAUUCACCUUGGAUAGCGUACAUAGAAUUAUUAAUACAUGUAGUAAUAGUGUGAGGUAAAAAUAAUAAUUGGGAGUUUGGGCUACACCUUGGUGUUCCUUGGGUAACUCUAGACCCAGGUUGUUGUUUCUGUACCCCCCCGACAACAAAGUUGUAAGGGGGGGGGUAUACUGGUUUCAAGUUGUCUGUCCGUCUGUCUGUCUGUCCGUAGACGCAAUCUUGUGCGCACCAUCUCUCCUUAUCCCCUUGACAGAAUUUAAUGAAACUUCACACAAGUGAUCAGUACCAACAGUAGUUGUGCAUGAGGCAUGUUAGGUUCUUUUAGAAAAAAAAUUUGCAGAGUUAUGGGACUUUGUUUUUUUGUGACUAUACUAUAUACAUAGACACAAUCUUGUGCGCACCAUCUCUCCUCAUCCCCUUGACACAAUUUAAUGAAACUUCACACAAGUGAUCAGUACCAACAGUAGUUGUGCAUGGGGCAUGUUAGGUUCUUUUAGAAAAAAAAUUUGCAGAGUUAUGGGACUUUGUUUUUUUGUUACUAUACUAUAUACAUAGACACAAUCUUGUGCGCACCAUCUCUCCUCAUCCCCUUGACACAAUUUAAUGAAACUUCACACAGGUGAUCAGUAACAACAGUAGUUGUGCAUGGGGCAUGUUAGGUUCUUUCAGAAAAAAAAAUUGCAGAGUUAUGGGACUUUGUUUUUUUUGUUACUA